UCGCUUCAAAUCCCACUCUGGUUCAAUUGCGACCAUCUUCAGCCGCUUCCUGCAGUACUGGCUAAUCGCAGUGAGAAACAGUAGAGGAACACUUUGGAGGUCCCGAUCAGCCAAAAAAACCUUCGGCAGUUUUUACUAGACGCGAUUGGAUCCAUUGUUUCAAUGCGUCUCCAAGUGAUUGGAGCAAUUGGCAAAAAUGAGGUGCUGGUUAGUUUUGCUGUUGAUUUUAGCGUACAUGGCCAGCCACUCAAACGGAGCGUCCUUCAAUCAAUUUGAACACUAUGGAAGCGUCCACGGUCAUAAUCAUCAGCAUGACGAGCCUUUCAGGCGCCAGAACGCCACUAAAGGGUCUUUGAGCAGCCUGGAAGGUGAUGCUGAAGGGCCAGUGCUCGAUAUGGUGGAGCGAGAUCCAAACUAUCCCUAUCGGGAAGUGAGGUACUUUUUGCGAAACAAUCCGCUUCUCAGGGAUUAUUUCGUUGCUGCUGCCACGCCUCAAAUAG